AUUCAUCCGAACGAGUUACCCAUGUUACAGGUUUCGGUUGACCGGUCAGAUUACAGACCCGCUGCCCACACUAACAGUGCGUAUUAAUUAAAAGGUGGCCGACUUUGAAAUCUUAACUUUUACACAAUUCAUUCAACUAGUUCAGCCAUGUCCGCAGCGUUAGCGAGGCUGCUCUUCUACCCCACGUUAGCCUACAAUGUUGUCAUGGAGAAGUUGACGUCGAGACGGUGGUUUGACCGAGUGGACGAGACCGUCAUCCUCGGAGCGCUGCCGUUCAGGUCCAUCACCAAACAGCUGGUAGAAACAGAAAAUGUCCGAGGGGUUAUCACCAUGAAUGAAGAGUAUGAGACUAAAUAUUUCUGCAACUCAGCUGAGGAGUGGCGGGCUGCUGGGGUGGAGCAGCUGAGGUUGAGCACGGUUGACCUCACCGGCGUUCCCAGCCUGGAGAACCUGCGCCGAGGCGUGGAGUUUGCCCUGCAGCACCGACGGCAGGGAAGCAGCGUGUACGUCCACUGCAAGGCCGGACGCUCCCGCAGCGCCACGCUGGCUGCUGCGUACCUCAUUCGGUUACACAGCUGGACUCCGGAGGAAGCCUGUCAGAAGCUGAAGUCUGUUCGACCGCACAUCCUGGUGCGCUCCGCUCAGCUGGAGAUGCUGAGGAAAUACCAGCAGGUGUGUGAACAGCCCAGCUGAGAGGGCAGGACAGCGGGUCGGACCUCAUUAUCUUCCUACAGCUGCCGGAAGACUGGACUCAGAGCCGCGUGCAGUCCUCCAUUUCGGAAUGUAUACCCACUGAAAGAAAAUGCCAAAACUACUUGUUGAACCCCAACAUUUUUAAAUCAAAUUCCCAUGGGUUUUUACUGGGAAAUGGCAACAGUUAGUAGUUCAUUCCCAACAUAUCAGAAGGCAAAAAUAUAUAUAUAACCCUUAUCACAUGAAACCCGCAACGUCUUUCUUCUACCUCCCUAACUACCUGGUUUCUUGUGGCUGAAACAUGUAAGAAAUGUAAAACAUGUUAAAUAAUUGUAAAUGCAAAAAAAAAAAACAUUUCACAUACGUUAACAGUCCCUUGUUUGGGUUUCUGUAACCUGUCAUCCUGUUUCAGCCACAAAUACUGUAAAAUCUUAAAGGACAAUUCCGGCGCAAAAUGGAAACAAGUAGCAAACUGGUGAUUAGCUUGUAACGCUAGUAGUCGGGGCAGAGGGUAAAUUGCUAUUUCUACACCACUAACAAGGCUCAAAAUAGCACCACACUUCAACUGUAGCAUA